CAAAAGGCAAAAGACUCGUAUUGGUACGAGUUGAUUAAUUGAUGGCACUUCCUUUUCCCGCCAUCCAGCAACAGGGUGAGGCAGGAGAUCCACAUCAAAAUUAUUAUCGCAAUCAUCCGACGGAAGUCAAACCCAUUUUACACGCUACCUGGACUCAACUAUGCCGCCAGUUAGACAGACGAUCACCUCACGCUCCAGAAAGGAGCGCGAUCGUAAUUUUGUUUCGCCGGGCAGAGGGCGAGGAAGGAGAUCCAAGCGGUCCACACACGAGGCGGGACAUCCCACCUACACAAGACCACGACUUAGGGGAAACCGGACCAGUACUGCAACAUCAACGUCCCCAGCCACAGUAACGGUGGCGGAAUCAACCCACGAGGCUUACGAAUACGAACCCACAGGACGUCGGGAGGGCCAAGACGAGGAGACGUUGAGCAACAUCUCGGAUAUUCAACAACAAACAGGUACCAGCAGGAAAUCCAGCUCAUAGGGAUUGAUGCGGAGAAAGGACAGCCAAUCCAAUAUUGUGCACAAAAACUA